CGCAUAGUGCCCACACUAAGCUCUCAACUCACACAGAUCAAUAUGUCGUCCAACUCCAACAACAUCUUCAAUGCUGUCUCCAUCUUUGAUGGAAAGCACUGGCUCGUAUGGUCCGGAACUAUGGAGUCCUACCUGGAACAUCAGGGGAUCUCAUAUGUGCUGACCGAAACGGCGCCAACCGAAGUCAAAGCUACCGAUGGCUCUGUGACCAACGCAUCGGAGAUCAAACAAUGGAAGCAUGAUGAU